AUGCAAUCGUUUGGGCAUCUUUUUCGCAACGAAGCUGCAAAAUUCGGUGACUACAAAUCAGCACAUUCUGAAUACACAAAAAGAAUUACAAUCAACCCUAAAGACCCGGAAUUGUGGUCUGAUCGGACAAUAUUUUGGAACAAAUAUUAUCUACCCGAUGAUUAUGAAGAGGAAUUGGCGGAAAAAUAUCUGGACAUUCAAUUUACAGCCACAUUUAGUGAAUACUUGGCGUUUACUAAAUCGGGGCAACAUCUGUUUGCUAUUAGAUCUUUAGAAAGUUUACUUGAAGAUUGUAAGAAUGAAUAUUAUACAGGGUUUUCAGGGAUAUGUUCAAAGAAUUUACACCAGAAAGUUUCAUCUGCAAAAGCUGAAUUGAUCAAAGUUAGUUUUGAGGGGAGUAAAGGUGAAUCUCAGUAUGGCCUUCAAACGCAAUGCGAUAUACCGGUAAAUACAAUGAUAUUUGAAGAAGAAUCAUUUCUAGAGUCAAUUCCAAAAUACUCGAACGAUGUGAAUUUAUAUGCCCUCGAAAAGGUUGCAAUGAAGUUUACUGUGAUACACAAUGUUAUCAAAAGGCCUAUAAACUAUAAAUUUCUCUGCGGAAGAGAUUUUAGCGAUGUUUUAGCGGCUGUAAAAAAAGGAAAAUCAAAUCCAUCACUUGGCCAUUUAUUCAUAAUCAAGCUAUUUGCAAUCGACAUUGAGGAAAUCAAGCAUCUAAAACGUUGGAAGCACAAGAACAGUGGCUUUUUGUACGUCACACUUCAAUUGCAUGAUAGGUUAACGCGAGGAUUAGACAUUUCACCUGGGGAUCUUAGAUUCGAUUACUGGGUAUAUAUCACUUGUCUUUCUGCUAUGAAGUUUAAUGCGUUCAGUGGGUCUACUGAUCGCCCAGAUGAAUCAACUAUCUUUCCACUGGUGUCACUUUUGAAUCAUGAUUGUGCGCCUAAUGCUGUAUGGAAAGGAGGGGAGAGAUGGCAAAUGAAAGCACGAAAAAACAUCAAGAAAGGAGAAGCGAUUACUAUUAAUUAUAUUAAUGCUCCUAGUGAUCAUAGUAGUGGCUUGAAGUGUUUUUAUGAUAUAUAG